AUGGCGGACGGCGAGGAGCUCGACGUGUACGGCGGGAGGCUCGCGGCGAUGGCGGCGAGGUACGCCAACCUCGGGGAGACGCUGGGCGACGCGGCGCUCGUCAAGAAGCUGCUGGAUACGGUGCCGGAUCGGCUCUUCCCCGCCAUCGCCGACAUCGAGCAGUUCCACGACGUGACGACGAUGGCGUUCGAUGAAGCGCUCGGGCGGCUGCGCGCGUUCAACGAGCGAGUUCAGCUUCGAUGGCAGGACAAAGGCGAGCGGGCGGACGGACAACUCGUGUUCACCGCGGCGCAGUGGCCGACGCGGGAGCGGCAGUAA